AUGGCCUCGACAUUUGAUGAUACAGUAUUAGACUUUGAUUUAAAUUUUCUACAACAGCCAACUAGUAUUGUGAAUGAUUGCAAAUUUGAUAAACAAAGAAAAGCUGUUUUAAUUGCAAAAAAGAAGACAGUUGCCACAGAUUCUUUAAUAAGAAAAUAUUAUGCAAAAAAUGAGAAAUUAGAACAAACCGAGGUUCUUCUUUUGGCUGCUAAGGAAGAAUGUAAACAAGUUUGUAUUGAUUAUAAAGAAACAUUAGAAAGAUGUUCACAACUGGAAAAAGAUGUCCAAUUACUUAAAACAACAAACAAAGAGUUAGAGGAUAGCAGUAUUAUAUCAAAAACUCAGUGUGAAGCGUUAAAAUCUCAUGCCCAUCAACUUCAGGUUCUGGUUAAGGAGCAUGAAACAGUUAUUGAAGGUUUAAAAAUUGAGAAUCAUUUAAACAAAAAUAAUGGAAAGGGUUAUGAAAAGAAGUUGUCAGAUCUUCAAAAAGAGAAUGAAACAAUCCUUAAACAUUUAUGUCUUGUCAAAGAUAUAGUGUUUGGCAAAAAAAAAUUAAAAAGAAGUCAUAAGUUGUUGUUACAAAAGUAUGAUAAAAUAAAAAGCAAAAUUGAUGUGGAAGACUCUUCAGAGGAAAGCGCUGAGGAAAAUGAUUUCUUCAAUAGUUUACCACCCUCACCCAUGUCAGUACAAGAUAUCGCAGAAAAUAAAAAAGAGAUUGUAUUGAACUUAAAUGAAAAAGUUAACAUUGAUAAAAAAGUUAUUGAAGAUCAUGAAUCCGAUUAUAGUAAUGAGGUAGUAAGUGAAGACACUGGCCGAGGUUCAUCCCUAGCAUUUUCAGAUGGAGAGAAGUGCUACAAUAGUCCCGAUUAUUGCCAUGCUGAUAGUCCAUUUACUACAGAUACCAGUAAGGUUAAAGGAAGAAAAAUAUACAUUGAUGUUGGUACAAGUCCCUUGCAUAGAGAGUUAGUACACAUUGCAACAAGUCCAGUUAUGUUUGAUGACGAAGUUUUUAUAUGCAAUAACAGAAAUAAAGAAGUUCAAAAUGAAUCAAGCAAACUUGAAUAUAUUAUUAAUGAAAUUCCUCUUAGUUCUGAUAUUGUUACAAUUAAAGAAAAAAAGAAAAUGGUUGAUGCUGCUACAAGCCCAAUGCAAUGUGUUGAUAAAAUUAAUGUAUCUACAAGCCCUGUAAUGUUUAAUGAAGUUAAUAUAGCAAUAAGUGAUAAUUUAGAAAAUCAUGUAAUUUCAUCUAAAGUUUUAGAAAAAGUUCAUGCUUCAACAAGUCCUUUGUUAUUUGAAGGAAUUGAUCUUAGCAAUAAUAGUGAGGUAAAUUCAAAAGAGCUUUCAAUGCAAAAUAUCAUUAGUGUUAGUGACAAAAGUAUGAUACAUAAAAGUAGUUCAUAUGAAACAUCACAUGAAGUUAGAGAAAAUCCAAUAAAUAAUAUAGAACCAGCUAUUCAUAUUCAGGACUUAACAAGUCAGUGUGAAAUAGAAUUUAGUGGUAAAACAUCAUCAGUUGAAGAGAAGAAGUGCUUGGAAAGAAACAAUAGUAACAAUAUAUACAAUGAAACUGUUGAUGAUGGAGAAAUUGAAUUGAUAUUAAAUUCGAUGCGUUUUACUGAAAGGCUGAUAACUCCAAUUCCAAAGACACCUGUUAAAUUAAUUAAGAAAAAAUGUAGACAAGUAAUAUCUCCUAUAUUAGAAAAUACUGCACCUUCAAAGGAACAUAUGGUUUGCAUUGAUGCAUUAAAAUUAAAAGAAGAAAACAGAGUUCUAAAAAGUAGUAUAUCUGAUCUUAGUAAGGAAAUUAUAAAUAUUAAACAAAUAUUAAAAAAUCGAAUGUUGAUGCCCGAAUCACCUAAAAAACAAGAAAAUGGUAAGACCAAGGCAUUGAUGGCUGAUUUAUUUGAUGAUUCUAGUCAAGAAAAAAUAAUUUUAAGUGUUGAUAUUGAAACUUAUAGUGAUAAAGAGAAAAUUUGUGAAAAUGUAUCCUCCAGUGAAAACCUUUAUAAAGAAUCUACACCACCUAGGGUUUGUGAAGAAGGUAAUAUAAUGCAAAAUGUUGCAGUAUUAAAUGAGCAAGAUUUACAAAUAACUCAUAUGGAAUCAUUAGACAAUCAUAUAUUAUUACCUGAAAAUAACAUUUCAAGAGAUAACUCGCCUUCCAAAGAUGGCACUGAUAUAAUAUUAGAUUUGGAAAUGGAUACUAAAACAGCUAAAGAAGAUCAUUUAACAAAGCGCAAAACAUGUGAAGAAAUUAUAAACUAUGUAAAUAGGGAUAAAGAAAUUAAUUCGCAAGAACAUGACAAUAACGAUUUUAGUGACACUGAAGUUGUGAAUGAUGGUAAAAGAAAAAGAAAGGCGCAUAGUCAUAAAUUAAGCAGGCUUGAAAAGUUCAGAAAAAAAUUAUUACCAAAAAGUAAAAUUGCUAGUACUAAAGCUCCAAUUAAAAAAUUACGUGCAAAAUCUAAGAUGCCAGCAUCAACAACAAAUCAGCUACAUCAGAAUAUGAAUGGAUUGUGCAAUUCAAAAGCACCUUUAGACAACCAAACCGCAUAUGAAAAAGCAGUAAAUGUUAUGAAAGAGUUGAAACUAAAAGAAAAAAAUAAGGACCAUGAAAUUAAGAAAACAAAGGCAAUAGAAAGAAAAACAUCUGAAAGUGAAUCUAAUGAAGCCUUGAAUUCUAAGAAAGACAAUACACUUAAUAAUGCUGUCAAACAACCUGUUGUUUGUUUGUCACAGUUAAAUUUAGAUGAAAUGAUGAAUAAAAGUGGUAGUGAUCAUGACUUAAGUGAUUCAGAAAUAAUUCAUUAUGUUGUCGAAAUAGUUGAUUCGCCCACUAAGAAUUAUAUGACAAGGAGUCGUAGUAAAAUUAGCGACCAAGAUUCUAUUCUAUCGAGCAGAAAAUCAAGCACAGAAUCUAUUUCGAAGGCUACAGAUGAAAAUUAUAAUGUAUGUGACAGAACACCGCCAAGGAAAAGAUUAAAGCGCACGUCAUCGGGGGAUACCACCGAAGUAUCUUGCAAGAGGGUGCUACGAAGUACAAGCAUACGAGAAAUGCUAAACAAUCAUGCCAGUAAAGAAUCAAAUCCAGAUAUCCCUUGCAAUGGUUCUCCCGAAUAUAUACAUAAACUACCUCAGAAGCGGAAGUCAGUUGAUUCUGAAGCUACACAAAAAAAUUGUCCUAGUAAAAAUUUAAGUAAAAUGUUUCCAAAAUCGAAUGAACCUUUCUCCCAAUAUGAUCUCAAUGAAGAAUUAGAGGAUUCACAUGUUGAUGAAACUGUUGGUCCAGAAAACCAUCUAAAAUAUAGCAUACUUUGCAAAAUGAUAGAUAAAUAUGGGAAAGCUAGAACUAAAUUUAAUGCUAAAAAAGUUCCUGAUAAUAUAGCAAAUUCUAUAUGUAAAAAGUUAGAAGAUAGUAUAGCACAUAUAAUAGAAUUGCCAGCAGAGAAAGCUAAGAUAGCGAUGGGUAAGCUUGUAGAAGAUAUUCAGCAGAAUUGGAAUUUGAAAAACUUCCUCACUGGAUUCCUCAAGUACCUAAAGGACCCGGCGAGGAAAACGGAAUUAUAUAACAAAGUUAGUUCGCCGCCCGCGCCCCCUAUGACCAAGUCUGAACAAGUUGUCCUAUACAUUAUUAAGCACUUGAGUACAUCUGUACCAGAUAUCGUCAAUAUUAUAUUGACUCAAAUGGAAUUCACUCUAUUUCAAUUGAAUAAGAGCCCCGAGUUUGAUGUCAUAGAGAGUUUGUCGCAUGUGUACGCUCUAAUAUGUCGAUACUUUGGAUUGAAAAUGCGUCUCCGUCUGUUUAUACUGGACGCUAUGUAUUGUUUAUCAUUUAAAGUGGUCCCACUGAUAAAGCAAUGUUUAGAUGUAUGGAUGCAUAUUUUGCCCUUAGCUCAUAUGGGAAUUGCUAAAAGUCCAUUAGUGACAUGUUUAGUGUAUCUCCUGCACUUCUACAAAUGUGAGGACCGGUACAACAGGGUGCAAGACAUAAGAUUCAUACUCAACAGAAAAUAUUUUUAUCAAAUAACAGAUUGGAAUGAACCUAAAAUAUUGGAAUUGUUUAAGACAUCCAUCAAAGAAGUUAGAGAAAUUCCAGCAGAGAAAAAGAUGUUAAGAAUGGCACUAAUCAUUCUGGCAAAGAGGCAAGGGCCGAAUUGGUGUCAGAAAAAUAUUGUAAAGAAAAUGCUAAUGCCAUUCAUAGAACAAGAGGAUGUACCACUCAGAAUUAAACAGUUCAGCGUGGAAAUGCUGGGACCGCUGCUGAAGCCGUAUCCAGUAGACAUGAAAGUGCACUGUGAAAUAGUGGUUAAUAAUCUCUUGGAUAUGGUGGAACAAAAUCCGCCAGAUUCACUUAAGGAGUCUAUUUUCACGAGUCUUAUAUAUAUGAGUAAACACAAUCAAAACCGUGUGAUGCAAGCAUUGCUCUCAUGGACGCCUAAACAAGUUACGCCUGAAUUUGAACAGCUUUUAAAAGAUUUUGUUCAAGAAAAACCACUAAAAGCAUGGAAAGGGAUUCUAUCUAGAGUCACAUUU